AUGGAGGGGCUUCAUUUCCAUUCCGGUAUGGCUGAUCCCAGAUCGUUGCGCCCAAAUCUCUACAGCUCCCGAUCGGCGACACGUGUGACGUCUGACCCCGAAAAGAAGUCGCAUUCGCAUCUACACAAGCACAAGUCUUCGCGACACCAUCACGACCGUCACGAUGGCCAUCACCGCCAUAGCUCCAGCAAACGCCAUGCUGCAAAGGAAGUCAUGCAGUCGGCCAUUCAGAUACAGCCGCCUACUAGCUUUGGAGACUUGCUGAGGCAGGCACGAGGGAGUAGAGACACCAGUCCUAGUCACAGUCGCAGAGAGAGCGUCUCCCCAGGACAGGCCGAUGGCAGCGUGAAUGGAAAGGAGGAAACCAACCCAGCCAUUAUCAUUCCGCCGCGGAGACCACUCCGGCAGGCAGAUGUGGAGCUAGAGGCAAAGAGGGUCGAGGCUAGAGAACGAGACCUCCGCGCUGCCCUUCAAUCCCUUUCCGACCAGUCUUUCAAGACCUCGCGCCGCCUGGACGAUACAUACUAUUCCAUCCUCGAGAAGGUGUCUGUACUGCGUCAGACUAUCGGAACGCUGCAAGAGCUAUCUGGCUUGACUAAAGAGCUCCAUGGAAAUUUUGAGUCGGACACCACAGAGCUAGUAGAAGACGUGACUGGUCAAGUGGAAGCUUUCGAUGGCUUCAAGGCACAACAAGAGCAGGUCAGCGGGCUAGAAGAGCGAAUCAAAGCGGGGAAAGAAAAAGCAGACGCCUUGACAGCAAGACUCGAACGAGCGAAAGAGCGCGUUGAUGCGAGGGCCAAGUCUGAAGCACAGUGGCAGGCGAGGAAUACCCAUCGCGUGCGCAUGUUCUGGGGUAUAGCCAGCCUCAUAGCUGCAGUCAUACUAGCUCUCGUUCUCGUCCGCCCGUCUCAGCCAACCAACAAUGUACAGGAACCGCAGAACACUCUCGAUCCCGCGACCAGAGACGCCAUCCUCAAUGCGGACAUACCAGACAUAGCAAAAGAGGCGAUCAUAGGGCCGUCAAUCAGUACCGCAAGCCAAAUCCUGGAGACCGUCGACGCGCAGCUCGUACUGGAAGACGAUGAACGAUUGCGUGGAUUUGACGAGCUGUAA